AUGCCGAAAAGCUUGUGUGACCAAACGACGUGCCAAUAUCCGUUCGUCGGAUCCAAUACAGAGAGUCAUCGGAAGGAAUAUCACUCGACUGAGCAUAAGCUUCUGUAUAAUGGCAUAAAAGUCAAGGUAUCUCGUCAACCAGAAGGCAAACUGCCCUGUCCAUGUGGCUCAGAGCGGCAUGCUCGUUACAGCUUCAAGAAACUCACUGCAUUAACACGUCUACCUCAACAUCCUCUGCCUGAUGAAUCUCCUCAUCCAGACCACGACAUCGCAGGUUCGAAUACCUCACCAACAUCCUUGUCAUCACUUCCCACCACUUCCUCCCUCUCGGUCUCGCUGGCAACAGUAGCCGCUUCGCUUGCGUCAACGUCUCACUCGGAUCCCUCGACGCUAUCGACUUCGGCAAGUUUGCUGGCGUGCGACGUCGAAGAUGAGAAGGAUGUUGAGAUGGAGGAGGGUGAUGCGCCUGAGAGAGCGGGUGAUCUAAUGAGCGAAGAUGUUUUCGAGAAAGUAGACGGGGGUGAAGAUGAGGAGGAACGUGGAGGUGUUGGUGACGAUUUCACUAGUGCAGGUGGCGCUUCUGAGGAUGACCAGGGUAGUGACAAGGGCUCCGAAUAUGAAGACGAACCACCAGAAAGCACAAACGGAGAAAACGAUAUGGAAGGACUUCACGCAGAUGAUGACCUGGCCUUGGUCGACGCGGAGAUCCCGAAAUCCGAACAGCAAGCUCUCAACUACCUUGCUCGCUUCAACAUUAUUGUCGAACCCGCAUAUCGACUUACUAUCUGCACAGAGUGCAACAAGCCAACUCUAUUCGCCCACGUACGAAGCCACCAAUGGGAGAAACAUUACAAAGGUCUCGUCCUUCCGUCAGAGCUUCGCCUUCCUAGCAAAUAUGAACUUCGACAAUGCCUGGUCCUCCUCGGUGCUGACCAACCGAGGCCCGUACCACAACACCCUAUUUCUCGUAUUCAAGGCAUCGAAAUCGCUGACGGAUUCAAGUGUGCGGUUCUAGGCUGUGUCAACGCCGUGUUUGGUUCUUCAAGGUCACUCAGAAGGCAUCAGCUCGAGGUCCACACCAACGUACAGCCUGGCGACCGUAAAUCAGUCCGAGUUCCGUGUCAACCUCUCUCCGUUUUCCGCAAGGAUCUGCGCUACGUCGAAGUAGUCCCGGAACCUCAAUACAAAUCUUUGGUCUUGCGUUCAAUAGAACAAGCCGCCGACUCUUGCAAACUCCUCGAACACUCCGAUAUAUUCUCAGUAACGUCAAAUGAACGUGAAAAAAACGCGGUUUUUGCCCAGACCCGCUGGGAUCAGUUACUCGAGGGCGUCAAUAUCACACAUCUUAGGCAAUCAAUUUCCACUCCCGAGAGACAUUCGUUUCAAUCGUUUGAACGACUUCGGGCGGUAGCGAGGGAGUAUUACGAAGAGGUUAGCAAGAAGCUUCCAAACCUUCCAAUACUUGUACGAAGUGACCUCAAGCACAAACCCUUCCGGCGUCCCCAGGAGCUCAAAACCGUCAUCGAAGAUGCGCAUCGGACCGCUCAAUUCGUCGCUUUCCUCAUUACCACCAACAAAACUCCUGUCGAUUCGUUUCCUGUCCCCCUCCAUUCCUCGCUCAGAACACAGUUGAAAACCUUCACCAAAGAACUCGAAGAUGAAAAUAGCACGAUAUCGCACCUCAAGGACACCUUCCACGAGUCCGUUUGGAUGAUUUUGUCACGCCCGAGCGACGAAUACAUCCGCAAUGAGCUUAUGUGCCCAUUCACGCGAUUUCUGAUUGCCGUCAACCUCAAGGACUCAGGUGCCUUCGUUAGGGCAUCUGUCAUUCCUCCCAUCAUAGCUCAGCCUCAGUGGUGCUUUAGAGCAACCGCUGCAGAGCAAAUCCUUCGAAUACAGGAUCAAUUCAACGGGGAUCCUAUGAUGGCUUAUACCAGCUCUGUUCAAAGGUUCAUCAUUGACACUCACUCUGUCCUCUUCACCACCCUCCGGCAAAAUAUGAAUCUUUUCAGGGCUAUUGCGACUCGUCAACAAGGACUCGCUCGCUUCAACUGGAACAUCGAGCGAUCUGUCAUCUCUAUAGAUGGCUUUCCAAUUCCAGUAUCAUCCUUCGUAGACGGCGUUCAUCGUACCCUCAAAGACGUCAAAUUAUCAAUUGAACGGGUCUUUCGAGGCUGUCCCUAUGUUGACAUUCUCAAGCAUAUUGACGAAGCUAUGGUCCCUCAUCAGACGGGUCAACCAAUGUGGUUCAGAGAUCGUCCAGGGAACAGCGAUAUACGUUAUUCAUUUUUUGAGGAGAGGGAGAAUGGGUUUGAGGAGUUCCGGCCUCGUCUUCUGGACCAUCUUUCAAGAGACCCAAAAUUCUUUACCACAGUUGGUGACCGGACAAUUCCCAAGAACGCUGUCUUAGGGGCCAUCCUGGCUUGGUUCAGUGAGUUGGAUGAAGUAGUACGGAAACUCUACUAUUUGAUCAGUACGACUUGGGGCGGAGGUUCUCGAGGUACAGAAAUCGAACGGCUCCUGUACGCAAACAACCCACGGAACACCCGCAACGUAUUCGUAAUCAACGGACUCCUCACCAUUGUCACCGAAUAUCAGAAAACCCAGUCACUUACUGGAGCUGGAAAACUUAUUGCUCGCAGCCCCGCCUUCCACGUAAACCGACUCCUUAUCCUCGUACUGGGCGUUGUGUAUUGGGCUGCUGGAUUUAUUGGCUGCCGGGUAGGGAUGGAGAAAGCGAACUGUCAACGGUACUUCUAUGAGGUAUUUGUGGUUACCGGGAAGCCAAUGGAGAGCAAGGACUUUUCGAAGGUCCUCGGCUCUCUAAAUGGCGUAAAUCUUGGCGUCGACCUCAAGCUGCAAGACUUUAGGCAACUUAUGGCCUGUAUGCUCAUUUCGUCAACUUCGACGAGCUUUUUCAAUCCGAACGAUGAAGACCCAAACGUCGUAGCUGCACACGAAUCGUUCGGACACUCUCUCGACAUGGGCCGUUCAAACUAUGGGUUGGAUUCCACUAGCACAACCGGGCUCGCCGCAGACGCUGUUGCUCACAUGCAACAGGUGUGCCUGAAGUGGCAGGUCUUCCUCAACUUGUUACAUCCACUCCUCGAAGUUAAGCUUAGUAGAGAACCCCAGGCAGUCAUGACCAACUCAAGCAAUUCCAACGCUUUAAUCUCCUCUCACUUCCAAUCUCUCGUUAGAGAGAUAUCUGAGCGUUUCGACGGGUUUGAACAGCGCACUCGCACCUUUAUUCGAAGUGAAAUCGAAACUAUGGGGAUACAACUUCUCGCGCAGAUCAGCAAUUCCAAAGAAAUUCCUUCCUAUCAUAACCCUCAUCGUCCAUCCGUCCAUCCUGCAGCCCGCCAGGCUCUUAAGGCUGUUUUACGUCGGAAAUACAAUCCGUUAUUAGGGUUUACUAGUGCCGAACAAGCUGAAUUGGUAAAUAGUGUGGGUAGCUCCCUUCAUGUUUUCGGUAUAAUCGAAACUGGGGGGGGUAAGAGUCUUGCUUUUUUUGGAGCACCUUUCCUUUUCCCUCGCCACCUCUUCGUCGUCGUCAGCCCGCUAGUCGCCCUCACCCAGGAUCUUCGGCGUCGUCUCCUUGAAACUGGAAUCAACGGGGGCGUUUGGAACGAGGAUCUUAUUGACAUCCAUAUAGCGCAGCUGAUAUUAGUGUCAGCUCACAAGGCUGGCACCGACGAAUUCCAUGGGUGGUUAACCAGCCAUGGUGUCAAACUUCGCCUCAAACGAAUUUUCGUCGAUGAAGCUCACAAAAUCGCCACCGAUGACAAAUUCAGAUCUUGCUUCAGGCGCUUUUCUUACCUUACACGUUCUUCCGUUCCAAUCACCUUCCUAUCCGGCUCCUUAAUGCCCAAAUCCAUGCCCAAGAUCUUAGAUACCAUGGGUAUCAAAGACCCUGCCUUGGUCGAUGAGAUUCGAAGGUACUCUGGCCGUCCUAAUCUCAAAUAUAUAGUGGAAAAGGUCGACGAGGAGGAAGCUAUCCAAAAGAUAUUGGAUUUUGUUCAGGCAGAAACUUUAAGAAUGGGACCGGAGGACCGGGGGAUUAUCUUUACACGAACUCGUAAGGAUGCUGAUUUAAUAUCAGAAGCACUUGACGUUCCGAAAUAUCUUGGAGGGAUGAGCACUGAGGAGAGGAAAGAGGCGGAGAAUCGAUGGCGUAAACGGGCCAAUCCUCGAGAUCUCUGGAUUGUCGCGACGCAAGCUUUCGGACAGGGCGUGGAUUAUCCUCACGUUCGACGGGUAAUUCAUUUGGAUCCUAUGGAUUUAUUGGACUACUUUCAAGAAACUUCUCGUUCAGGUCGGGACGGUCUUCCUGCCGUAUGUCAUUGUUACUUUUCGAAACUUCCACCACCUCUUGCCGACCACAACGAAGUGGAUCACAGCGGUAGGGGUGAUAUGAUUCUCUUCCUUCAAACCGUCCACUGUCUUCGCAUGGCGUUUGCUUGUUUCGACCGCAUUACACAUUCCUGUAUAGCCCUAAACGGGGAGCUGUGUUCCAACUGCGAGAAGCUUCAGGAGGUUCCAUAUGAAUUCACCACGUUGGAUCUCCCCAGAUUCGACAAAACUUUCGUCACUGAAACCCCUACCUCCACUUCCACUUCCGGUCCCUCUACUGCCGAAUCCAACGCCGCUAUCCUCAACGCGAGCUACGAUGCUGGGACUCAGCAACUUAUCAAGUUCACCAAAAUCCUCGAGUCGGUUAUUUUUGGCCAUUUUGCUAUAAUUGCUGGAUUCCCUUUCGAUCUCCUUGCCACCAUCCUCCCACUACUCCCUACGAAAUCCUCGACCCAGGGCGCUGCAUUCAUCUCGUUAAUGAUGGAAUUACAGGGGAUCUUAUCGCUGCUCUUCCCUCUCUAA